CUGGGCUCAGCCGGGUGCCGGCGGCUCCGUGGCGCUUCCUGCCACGCCGGGCCUGGGCCGCGCCAGCGCCGCUCCGCCAAGGACCGCGCGUUGGCCGCCGCCGGGCCGAGUCGCCUGCUGCCCGAAGCCCAUGGUCCCUUUCAAACACCAACCUCGCCAGAAUCCUGGCCCUCUUCCCGGAGGUCCCACCCUGUUCCAACUGACACCCUCCAGCCAACGUUGGCCCAGCUGGGGGCCACCAGCCCCCUUCAGUCUCCUUGAAACAGAAAGCAGAAGACCUUUCUAGACCUGGACUCUACCCCAGGGUGGUGCACAUUGCAGUCUCGAUGUGCUCAUUCACUCUCUGCCUGCCCCACAGGGUCUUGCCCUUCCCCAAGAUGGAUUCCUGGGAAACCAAGUCCUGGCAGGCCCCCUUGGGGUGCUGGAGGCCCAGGAUCCGGUGACGUUUGAUGACGUGGCACAAUACCUCCUCAAAGGGAGUGGCUGAGGCUGGAUCCUGAGCAGAGGACACCGGCAUAUUGAAGGAAUGUGACCUCUGUGGGAGUUCCUGUUUUGAAUCCUGACUUGGUCUCUCACCUGGUGCAAGUCAGACCCAUCCCCUCACGUGGACUGAGCUGAGCAUUCAGAAAGCACCUGGGUGACCCAACCACCAAGGAUGGGUGAAGUCGCCCAGUCACAGGAGAUGGCGUCCACGAGCUCCCCGACGGCCAGUGAGCACAGCCCUAAGGUCAAACAGAACAGGGACUCUGAGGGGAGGGGAGGGAGCCCCCAGAAUCUACCUGUAGAACAUCAUUUUGCAUGUAAAGAGUGUGGGGAUGCCUUUCGGCUUAAGGUCCUCCUCGUGCAGCACCAGCGAAUUCACAGUGAGGAAAAGGGCUGGGAGUGCGGCGAUUGCGGGCAGGUCUUUCGGGGGGCGUCUGAGUUCAACGAGCACCGGAAGAGUCAUGUGGCGGCAGAGCCCCGGCCGGGCCCCAGCCGGGCCCUUGAUGAGGCCAUGGAGAAGAGAGAGCAAAUGGAGAGGGAGGCAAAGCCCUUCGAGUGUGAAGAAUGUGGGAAAAGGUUCAAGAAGAACGCAGGCCUCAGUCAGCAUCUGCGCGUCCACAGCCGAGAGAAGCCCUUUGACUGCGAGGAAUGCGGGCGCUCCUUCAAGGUCAACACCCACCUCUUCCGCCACCAGAAGCUGCACACUUCGGAGAAGCCCUUUGCCUGCAAGACGUGUAGCAGGGAUUUCCUGGAUCGCCAGGAGUUUCUCAAGCACCAGCGGAUGCACACGGGCCACCUGCCCUUCGACUGCGACGACUGCGGCAAGUCCUUCCGAGGGGUCAACGGCCUGGCCGAGCACCAGCGCAUCCACAGCGGGGCCAAGCCCUACGGCUGCCCUCACUGUGGCAAGCUCUUCCGGAGGAGCUCAGAGCUCACCAAGCAUCGGCGGAUCCACACGGGCGAGAAGCCGUACGAGUGCAGCCAGUGCGGGAAGGCCUUCCGACAGAGCUCCAGCCUCCUGGAGCACCAGCGCAUCCACACCGGCGAGCGGCCCUACGCGUGUGGCGACUGCGGCAAGGCCUUCCGGGGGCCCUCCGACCUGAUCAAACACCGGCGCAUCCACAGCGGACUGAAACCCUACGAGUGCGACAAAUGCGGGAAGGCCUUCCGCCGGAGCUCCGGCCUGAGUCGCCAUCGGAGGACCCACAGCGGAGCAAGACGCUGCGAGUGCAGCGAGUGUGGCCGCGUGUUCAAGAGGCGGUCGGCGCUGCAGAAGCAUCAACCGACCCACCGCGAGUAGGGAAGGCCCGCGGCCCCGUGGCCGGCAGCGGAUUCCCUCGGGGCCCGGGGCCCUAGAGGGGGAGGGCAGAGUCAAAGGAGAUGAACAGUUUUGUAGCGCUUAUAUAUUUUCUCUUCAGAGAGGUUGAAACCAAUUUAUACUGCCACCAGCAAUUUAUAAGUGUUUGUGUUUCCCAUCUUGCCUAUCGAGAGUAGCUUCUACCAUUUUGAUUGAGUUUUGGCUGGUUCAACUGGAAUCGAGUACCUUCAAGGUAUUUAAAUGCACAGGCCUUGAAUUGGAGAACAAGAGAAGAGAAACCCAGAUGUGGGGGUGGAGCUCGGGAUGCUUGGUCCUCUCCUGCAAGCUCCCCCUUCAAGGAAACUGAGACCCAGAGCUAUUCAAUGAUGGUGUCCGUAGAAUGUUACCCCGACUUUCCCCAACAGAAGAUCGAUAGCCCCAAACUUUUUUGGCCUACUUGAAUUUAUAAAUUUUUAGGGUUGUAAAUAGAAUAAUCAAAUGUCUUAUAAUAUUUAAUUUAUUAAUUUAGUUCUACAUACAUAUUGUAAAUCACGUAUUAUAUAGAAUAAUAUAUUAAUUUAGAGAAGAUUCCUUUUUGCCCUAGCUCCACUCCAUGAGAUCAUUUUAUCCUAAUUCCUCAUAUGCAUUUCUAACCUCACCAUCUUCACCAACCUCAGAGGCCCUUUGGAGUCAUCAUUUUCAAAGCACACACCCAAUGACUUCCAUCCAUCCUAGCUAUGUGCCACAUAGCACUGUGACAAUCCCUGCACAAGGGUCUCACUAGAAAUCGCCUCCCAAGCCAUAAGUACAGGUUCAUGUAACAUUAGAAUGAUUGUUGUCAUUUUUAAAUUUAUUCUGUAGCUGUACAAUGCAACCACUUAAGGUUUUUCUUUUUUUAAAUGACCUUUAAAAGGCUUUUUUAAAGCAUCGAACACUUGUCAUUGUGAGGUCGUACUCUUAAGAAGAAGUACUAAAUCUGAGUUAAAUUUCUUUUGUGUCCUUUUUUCUUAAACCAAUUCAAUCUGGUGACUCCCAGUCAUAUCCAAAGCUAGCAUCGAAUGGGAUUUGUUUCAGGCUAAUGGGUCUUGUCCUCAAACAGCACUGUUUUGUUCAAAAUCAAGUAGUUGAGAGAGCAUCCCCGUAAUAACAGGGACGUCGCAAGGACUCAAGUGUAAGGUGACGCCUCCUUUUCGGGAACGAUAGCCUCUCAUAUGGGACCUAGAUGGUACUUCUCCAAUCCUCCGUUUCCACCUCUGUAAAAUGAGGAUGAUCACAGGACUACCUCCUAAGGUUAUCGCAAUGACUGCGAUGCUGUGCCUGGCACGGAGGUACACACUCAGUGAAGUCAUCUGCCAUCAUCACCAUGGUUAUUGCUGUUGUUCUAUGACUCAUUAGUACCCAAACUGAGGAUGGACCCAGGCCUCCUGACUCCUAGUCUCAUCUUCUUUCUCUCACGUGAUGACUUAAAAUACUGUUUCCGUUUUCUUGCAUGCAGAGUACGUUCAUCUCCUUUGACCAGUUACCAAGUUACCUUUGGAUAUAUUGACUUUAUACAGCAGCUCUUUCUGUAUCGAUUGUGAUGAUCUCUUUUCCAGUUUUUUUGCUUUGCUCUUUGUAGCAGUUAUAUUACAUUUUUGUUGUGUAAGCUUUUGAUUUUUACGUAUCCAAACAUUCAUUGUUGUCAGUUAAGUCUUAACUUCCAUUGCUUCAGUAGUUAGAGAUGAUGACGUUUUCUUCUAGAAUUUGAAUUACAAAUGAAAAGUUGAAAACCCUGCCCCACCAGAAGGUGGAUGCUCCAGGUGGGCAGGCUGGAUGGAAAUGGGCCGGAGACACAGGCUCACUCCUCAUCCAAGAUGCAGACUCUGCAUGUCUGUGGGCGGUACUUGACUAUCCAACCUGGCCACUCAGGCACUCAAGAGGAAUUUCCAUCUCGGAUUGGCCAGCACACUCUGACUGUUCCUCAGUAUAGCCCUAACCUUCAGCAGCAGGGCUGGGCCUCACCUAGAUCAAUGGGGUGGUCCGAACUUGGUCUUGGCAACAGCUGGCCAACCUUCCAGCUCCUGGGAGCCUUGGCCAUGCUCAGCGUGGAUUCAGUGCCUGAGCAGCAGAUCCACCCAAGAGACAUCUAAAACACAAGAAAACUUACCCGACUGACACUGUCACAUGGAUGGCAUCCUCCUAGCGAGUGAUUCUGGAACUAGAAAGAGGUCGGUUUGGUGGCUUCUGCUUUUUGCAACUAGGGGAAAUUCACCCAUGUGUUCUGACGUCACCUCCUGCAGCCACACCUAAGAGGGGCGACAGAGCAAAGGCUCGGAGAUGAACCGUGCCCCACUGAUGGCCACACCAGGCCUGGGCUGUGACUUGUAACAGCCUUGCCCAGGAGGGGCAGCACAACAAGGGUUUGGAGGGCAACGAUGCCCUUCUGACGACGGCCCAUGUGGCAUAAAAGUAGAAGUUGGUCAUCCUGGGGCUGGCCUGUCACUUUCAGCAGCAAGGGCUGGCCAGGAACCUGGCUCCUCCAGUGGCCUGCAGAGCCCACAGAUAGAAGCUGGCCUCACCAGGGCUGUAGUGUGACUUCCCAGCAGCUGUGCCUGGGGUAGAGGCUAGGAAGCAGGGUCCCACAGUGACCCUUGUGACCUUAGCCAGAAGGUACUCUGGAAUGGCCCCUAGGCCACGCCAGUGGCUCUCUGUGAUGUCUCCAUCCUGACCCCUGGGCUGGAGAGAAGCUCACAGCACUUGUUGCAUAGUGAUUCUUUCUGCUCUGGGGGCCUCAGUUCUUGCAGUAGUUGUGAAUCUGUGUGUGAAAUCACUACUUCCUUCUCUCAUGAGUUUUCUCUUUUCAAGCUGUUAUGACGUAUUUGCUACAACUGUUAUUUGGUAAGGAAUGUUGGCGUCCACGGCGGGGCAAGUCUGGCACCUUAACCUGGAAGUACCUUGCCAUGUCUUGCCCGGGUUUUAUGAAGGAUCCAGAUGGAGUAUUAACUCAGAACUUAGUGUCGCCGUCACCGCUGCACUUGUCCGCAGCCAGGGCACGGCAUCUUGGCAUCCCGUCAUGCCCUUCUUUCCUUUGUUCCAUUCUUGGUUCUAUGAUUUUCUCUCGAACAAACCGUCUGCCAGAGUGAACACGUCUUUUCCGUCACUCUGUUUGCAGGUGAAGUCCGUGCUCUCUCUGUGGCUUUAAUGUGUGUCCUGUAGUUGCACCGAGUUCAAGUGUUUGCCUCUGGUCCCUGGGGGGUGGAUUUCCUUGGACUCUCUAGGUCUACUGCUACGUCAGAUGCAAAACGUGAUGAGACUUGCUGUCGUGUGUGCUUGUCUAUGCAUUUGUGUAUCUACCUCAUUUCAUUUUUCUUUCUAAUCACACAUAUUCCUUUUGCAAGGCAAAUGGAGAGCAGGUGGGUUAUAUAGAAUGCUGGCUCUCCUUCGAAAUAGGCCCUUUUCUUAUAUUCUGAAAGAAACCCUCCAUUGCUUUUAUUAAAGUUUUGAAUACUUGCUGAAAUUUUCAAAAGAAAGUAACUGUUUACCACUUUUGCUGCUUAAUAAGAUUAACUGUGUGGAUUAGUUGUGUCAUACCCAUUACUUGUGUCAUUCCAGACUGAGCCCCACCCGGUUACGGUGGGCGUCUGUCUCUCUUGCACGGGGUUGCAUUCCACGUGCCUGGGGCUCCAGCCCCAUUGUGUGCCAUGUGGCCCCCACCCUGUCUAGGCCACAUUAAUUCAACCAGAACUGAGCACCUGACUCAAAGGCAGCAACCGGUCCACAGCGCUGGAGACACGGACCAGACCUUUCGGGUUCUCCAACUGUGAAGUACAAACAAGGAAACUGAGAGAGAAGUUUCUAGUUGGUGCUGGAAGAAAGAGGGAGCCACCUGGGAUUUAGAGGAGUUGCCCCCAUGGGCAGCACCAGCUUGAAGAUCUAUGGGCUCCGGCUGGGCACCCCCAGAGCAGCCUCAACCCCAGCACCGCAAGGGAGGCCUGACUGGGUUACCUUCUGGGAUCUCUGGCAACUGCCCUCACUGGUCCACUUGUGUCCCUGCCAUAGACCCCUUGACCUAAGCCAGCUUGAGUGGGUCUCUGCUUUUUGCAGUCUGUCAAGAGCAGUUGCAUUGUCCCAUUUGGCUGCUUCCUGAGAAGAAUAACACGGCUCGCUUUCCUCAUGUCCUACCUGGCCCUCGUUCCUGGCCCAAGGCCCACCUGACUGUCGUAAACACCUGUUUUAAAUGUGAUACUGUAUUCUGUUUGCUAGGGUGGGUGCAAAUCUAUGCCUCCUAGUCUCAGUGAGUUUGACCAAUGCUUUUCUGUCUGGGCACUGUUCCUGUACUGACCCCAUGUUUGCCCCAGGAAAUGAGUUUAAGUCACCGCCCACCCUGUUCUUUAUUUUGGAAGUGUCUCGCUACUUGUAGCAAAUCCGUCAGAUUGGGGAAUUGAUAACUUCUGUAUGACUAGAAUACUUACGUUGUGUAGUUCUCAUUGCAUCAGUUGGGUGUUUAUUUUCAAAAGUAGAAAUGGUCUCUUUAAACAAAAAUGGCCUUCAGCAUUACUUGCAGAUCUGAGAACAGCAAUGUCCUGCCCCAGUUUGUAUUUUGGUUGUUGGCACUAUUUUCUCAUUCCUCCCCAGUCUCCUUAACUUGUCUGUUUUAUGGCACUUACUAUAAUCAGCUUUGCACUAGAGCUUCUCCCUCCCCACCCAUUCCCCACCCAUUAGAUUGUGAGCUCUUAGAAGACAGGGGUGACCCUUCAUGUCUGAUUCCCCUUCCAGAUCUAGCACAGUGCCUUGCAUCGAGUAGAUUUCAAUAAAUAUAUGUUC